AUGCUCAACAAACUGCACGGCCAGCCCGACAGCUACGACAAGAAAGCCAAGUACAAGUUUGGCAAGACGCUCGGGGCUGGAACCUACGGCAUCGUCAGAGAAGCAGAAUCACCCCUAGGAAAAUGCGCCGUCAAGAUCAUCCUGAAGAAGAACGUCAAAGGCAACGACCAGAUGGUGUACGAUGAGCUGCAGAUGCUCCAGCGCCUCCAACACCCCCACAUUGUCAAGUUCUUCGAUUGGUUCGAGUCAAGAGACAAGUACUACAUCGUGACACAACUUGCGACCGGCGGAGAGCUGUUCGACCGCAUCUGCGAAAAGGGUCGCUUCACAGAAAAGGACGCUUCUGCCACCAUAAGACAAGUUUUGGAAGCCGUCGACUACCUCCACCAGAAUGAUGUUGUCCACCGUGACCUCAAGCCCGAGAACCUCCUCUACCUUACCAAGGCCGACGACUCGACUCUCGUGCUCGCAGACUUCGGCAUUGCCAAGCAUCUGGACAGCCCCGACGGUGUUCUCAAGACCAUGGCUGGAUCCUUUGGCUACGCAGCACCCGAGGUUAUGCUCAAGAAAGGACAUAGCAAGCCCGUCGACAUGUGGUCUCUCGGUGUCAUCACCUACACUCUUCUCUGUGGUUACUCUCCAUUCCGCAGCGAGAACCUGACCGACCUGAUCGAAGAGACCAAGCAUGGAAGAGUCGUCUUCCACGAACGCUACUGGAAGGACGUCAGUAAAGAGGCCAAGGACUUCAUCAUGGCUUUGUUGGUGCCCAAGCCAGAGAAGAGAGCCACGAGCGCCGAAGCACUCAAGAACCCAUGGAUCGCCGGCAAGGGUGCCACCGACCACAACUUGUUGCCCGAGAUCAAGGCCUACAUGACCAAGGCGCGCCUGAAGCGUGGUAUCGAAUUGGUCAAGCUCGCCAACCGCAUCGAAGCACUCAGGAUGCAAGAAGACGAAGAGGAGGAAGCACCACAGUCUGCAGACGUCCCCGCUGGCGCAACACAAGCGGCAGGAGACGCACUGGCACAGCAAGAGGAAAAGCCCCUCGAAGCAGGACUCAAGGUGCCGGAAGACAAGGGAGUGACACACAAACGCAGUUUGAGCAAGAUUGCCAAGGGAGCCAUCUUCCGCGAGGUCGUCCUGGCAAAGGUCCGCGAGAUGAAGGCAGAUGAAGAAGCACAGAAGAUUGCGUCGACUGCCAGUCUUGAGAAGGAAAAGGAGCACAAGUAA